AUGCCAACGCUAUCUGCCGUGCGGCGAGUUGCUAUUAUCACCGGCGCCUCGCAAGGCAUCGGAUGGAGCAUUGCUCUGCGUCUGGCAGAAGAUGGACUCGCGGCGGCCGUCAAUGAUGUUCCCUCGAAACGCAAACAGCUUGAUGCGGUGGUGGCCGAGAUCAAAGACCGAGGGAGCCAUGCCGUCGCCAUAACCGCAGACGUUUCUCAGGAGGAAGACGUGCGUUCCAUGGUAGCGGAGACUGCGGAACAGUUGGGAGGUUUAGACAUGGUAGCGAACGCAGGGAUUGCGUCUGCAAAUCCUAUAAUCAAUACCUCGGCGGAGGAAUGGGACCGAGUCAUGUCUGUCAACGCUCGAGGGGUCUUCUUCUCGUAUCAGUAUGCUGCAAAACAGAUGAUUGGCCGAGCGAGAGACGGGAGAAUCAUAGGAUUUCGGAGCAUUGGUGCCUACAGCGCGUCAAAGUUCGCUGUACGCGGAUUGACACAAACAGCAGAGCUGGCGCAGCACAAGAUCACUGUUAACGCUUAUGCUCCAGGAAUGAUUUACACACCAAUGUCACCCGAUUUUCCCGUCGCCGAGCCAGAAGUCAUCGCUAGCCUAGUGUCCUAUCUAUCAAAGCCGGAAUCAUACUUUAUUACUGGUAAACUCCCAGGCUGUCGGCUACUAGUAGGUUGGGCUAACGUGUCGCAAUGCAUUGCAAGCCACACCAUAUCCGUGAAUGGUGGCGUUUUGUUCGACUGACUGUUGCAUAGAUUGUGUCUGCAUCCGAUCUGAACCAGAGCUUGGAUGAUGCGCUAGUUGUUGAACUUAGUCGUAUGUACGUUCAGAUUCUGCGAUUUCGGAUCACUGUAUAUCGUAAAAC